GUCAAUGAAGAAAACUCCCCAGACAGAAGCUCCUGCAGAGCCCAAGGAGGAUCCUGUGCCAGAGGAGCCAGCACCUGCACAGAUACCAGCAGUGGAGGACAUAGACAAGGAGCAGCUGGGUGACCCCUAUGCCAAUGCAGAGUAUGCCAAGGAGAUCUUUGAAUACAUGCGGGGAAGAGAGGAGAAAUUUAUGCUCCCUGACUACAUGGAGAAGCAGCCAGACAUCACUGGGGAUAUGCGUGCCAUCCUGGUGGACUGGAUGGUGGAGGUACAGGAAAACUUUGAGCUGAACCAUGAGACGUUGUACCUGGCUGUGAAGCUGGUGGACCACUACCUGGUGGAGGUGGUGAGCAUGAGGGACAAGCUGCAGCUCAUCGGCUCCCCCCCCCUCCUCAUUGCCUCCAAAUUUGAGGAGCGGUGCCCACCAUGUGUGGAUGACUUCCUCUACAUCUGUGAUGAUGCCUACAAGCGGGAAGAGCUCAUUGCUAUGGAGAUAAGCAUCCUCAGCACCCUCAAGUUUGACAUCAACAUCCCCAUCCCCUACCGAUUUCUGCGACGCUUUGCCAAGUGCGCCCGUGCCACCAUGGAGACGCUGACGCUGGCCCGCUUUCUCUGUGAGAUGACCCUGCAGGAGUAUGACUAUGCUCGGGAGAGCCCCUCCAAGCUGGCUGCCAGCUGUCUGCUGCUGGCACUCACCAUGAAGAAUCUUGGUGGCUGGACCCCCACACUGGAGUACUAUAGUGGGUACCGCUCCCAGGACCUGCAUCCCCUGGUGAAGAGGCUGAAUUUCCUACUCACGUACCAGCCCCACGACAAGCUGAAGGCUGUGCGCACCAAGUACUCACACAGGGUCUUCUUCGAGGUUGCCAAAGUCACUCCCAUAGACAUGCUCAAGCUGGAGGAGAUACUGAAGAGCUGCUAG